GAGACGGCGCUGCUCUUGCUGCGCAGUCGCUAGGAGUCAAGAUGGCGGUACUGAGCCGGGUGUACAGUAUUUUCCUCCGACGUACGUCCGUCUUCGCCCUCACCGUGGUGGGUGGGGUCGUGCUGUUCGAGCGCGCCUUCGACCAGGGCGUUGACGCGCUCUUCGACCAUCUCAAUGAAGGGAAGCUGUGGAAACAUAUCAAGCACAAGUAUGAAAAUGAGCAACAGUAAAUUGCCAAGCACCGGAUCCGUGGUGAGGUAUUUGUGGUGUUUUGUGCAAAGCUUUCCAUCUCCUGAUGCCAGCUAUCAAAAAUGGACAGGGAUUUCUGACUGAAGCCAGAGGUGCAUCCACUACUUCCAGCUAUGACAGAGAACUAAAUGGACUCAAGGAUUUCCUCUUGUGUUGAAACUUACCAUGGUAAAAUAAUAAAGUCACUGACUUGUA